UUGUUCUUUAAGAGCGAGCAAAAGAAAGAAGGGAAAGAAGAAAUAGAUGAAUAUGUUGUGAAAUUCAAGUGGACUCGCACUGUUCUUAUUGCAAUAGUAAAUUCAAGUACUCACAGUUCGCUUUGGGACAUUGCAGUGGAAACAUUGUUUUAUCAGUGUGAGAGAUUCAAAGGAAUUAAAUCUUUUGAGAAAAUGUCUGAGAUAGAGACUUUGAAACCCCGUCCGUAUCAGGACUAUCUUAUAAGAGUGUGCAUUGAGAAGAAUACAGUUGUGUAUUUGCCAACGGGUGCCGGCAAGACAUUCAUUCCCUUGAAAGUAUUUGAGAGAUUUUCAAGGGAUUUUGAGUAUCCCCUAAAUAGAGGUGGCAAGAGAAGUGUAUUCCUUGCCAGUACAAAAGUACUCGCAAAGCAGCAAUAUGAGUAUUUUAAAGAGAAGACCCCGUUCAAAGUGGCAGUUUUCACGGGAGAUAUGAACGUUGAUAAUUGGUCAGGAAACAAAUGGCGAAAAGAAUUCGAUAAAUUUCACUUAAUUGUGGCUACAUAUCAGAUUAUACUGGAUGUUCUGCGACAUAAUUAUAUUCAACUAAAAGACUUGAAUGUAAUAGUCUUCGAUGAAUGCCACAAUGCCGGUGGAGAACAUCCAAUUUCACAAUUUAUGCUGCAAUUUGUUGGCAAGGAUGUUGAACACCAACCGAGAAUUAUUGGACUUACGGGAAUGAUAUUGACAAAUGAUCGUUUGCAAACUGUUGCAGAGGAUUUGGAGAGUUUUGAGAUACUCAUGCGAUCCACAAUUGCUACAGUUGCGACCAUUGAAGACUAUGCCAAUGUAUUGGUAUAUGCAACAAAGGCUAAUGAAAAGAUUCUACAGUAUAGUAGGAGCGAUUUAGGUGGACAACUGAUAGCUAUCAAUCGUAUUGUGGAGAGAGUUUUUGUAGAAAUUAGUAAAUUUAAUAUUGAAGGUGAUCAUAAGCGUAUGAAUGAGAAUCAAAUUACAGCAAAACCAAACUCAAAAAAAAAGUUGGAAAAUUACUGGAAGGAUUUCCUGUAUCAAGCUGCAGAUUUUGGUGUGUACGGAGCAUCAGUGGCGAUUCUCGGAUUGAUUGUGGAAUUCGAUCUUAAGAGACGAUCGUCAUCUACUUCUUCCUUGAGAUUAAUGUAUCGUAGCUCUAUCAAACAUGCCGAAAUGAUUAGACGUAUUUUGGUGAAUUUCAUGGGUAAUUCUGAUAUUCCCGUCCAUGAAUUGAUCAUGAGAAAUUCGACAGAAAAAUUAAGGACUUUUCUGGGUAGCUUGGAUGCGCUCUUGCAAAUGUUUCCGAACGAAAAGCUAAAUUGUUUGGUAUUUGUUGAACGACGUUUCACAGCGAAAUGUUUGUAUCACAUCUUGAAGAUUUAUGCAGAAUCAAAAGAAAAUUAUCCCAUAAGACCAGAGUAUAUUGUGGGGGAUGAUACUCAUUUUCAACCCGAAUUGGAGAUCUUGUUGCAAAACAGAUGGAAUAGGCAUGUGGUGAAAAAAUUCAAGAGAAACGAAGUGAAUUUGAUUGUUAGUACUGCAGUGUUGGAGGAAGGUGUUGACCUACAAUCAUGCAAUAUUGUGGUCAACUAUGAUAGUCCCAGGAACUUUCGGUCAUAUCUUCAGCGAAAAGGACGUGCAAGAGCAAAUUCUAGUGUUUUUGUGAUAAUGACAGAACAUGCGGAACAAGAAAAGUUGCUGAAUAAGAUUAAACGGUACAGAGCUGUUGAUGAGAAAAUGAAGUCUCUGUUGAUUGGAAAGUGUGUUGAUCGUGAGAUACCGACAAAUGCUGAAAUAGAUCGUGAAAUGAGUAAGAAUGUUGUGAAAUACUAUACCAAGAAUGGAGCUGUUCUUGAAGAGACAUCAGCAAUUGCAUUAUUGAAUCGCUACUGCAGUACUCUACCUGGAGAUAAUUUUACAGUAAAUACUGCCGAUGUUACUGAGGAAUACAUCAAAGGUAAAUUUCGAGUGAAAUUGGAUUUGCCGACCCAAUCCACAAUCAAAGAAUCUAUAUACGGAGAACCGAAGAUCAAUAAGAAAUUGGCUAAGAGAUCAGCGGCAUUUAAUGCAUGCGUAAAACUUUACGAAUGUGGAGAACUGAAUGAAAAUCUUUUGCCCAUUGAUAAGAUGACUAAUCUUCUUAAUGUGCAGAAUGUUUAUUUUCAUCAUUGGAAAAAAUACAAGAAAGGUUCAAACGAAUUUGAUGGAACGAGGAAGAUGAAGCGCUACUGCGAAGUGAAAUAUCCCAAGGAAUUGAUUAAGUGUCAGCCUGAAGAAGAUAAACCAUGUCUUCUGUACUUCAUUCAUACAACAUCACAGCUCAAUGAGAUGCCCAAUGAUAUCUUUGACGAAAACAUUUGUGUUUUCAAUCAACUACUGCGGGAGAAAAGAGGAUUUGGUAUUCUAACUACCAAAAAACUCCCACAAUUGGCACCAAUGAAUUUUUUCAUGACUGAUGGAGAAGUAUCGGUCAAAAUCUUAAAAGAUCCUGUCAAAAACAUCAAAUUGAAUGCUGAUGACCUACUUCUUUUGAGAACUUUUCAUAAUGUUCUCUUCAGUGAUAUACUGAAUGUACGAAAGAGUUUUGUUACAAUGGAUUAUACCAAUCAACAAAACUCCAUCCUAAUUGUACCGACUUUGAAUGAGAAAAUUGACAUGGAUCUCGUGCAAGAGUUCCAAGGCAUGCCUCCAAUUGUGCCUCGAUCUGAGAUGGAGCGCUUCACGAUGCAGUUUACGCCUGAGAAUUAUCUGUAUCGUGUGAUAACUCCAUGGUAUCGUGUAGAUAGGUCGCAAAAAUAUGUAGUUACAAAGGUACAUGAGCAUCUAUCACCGCGCAGUGCCUUUCCCAAUGAGACACAGGGUAAAACCUAUGCUGAUUACUGCAAAAAUAAAUAUGCGGUAAAUACGGUCAAUAUGGAUCAGUUUCUCAUUGAAGUUAAGGGAAUAUCGAACAAUUUGAAUUUGCUGAAUCCAGGAAUGGGUGAAACAGGUGGAAAGAGUCGAUCAAAUCGAUUCAAGAAUGAAAUUUUGAUUCCUGAAUUGUGUCACAAUUUCAAUUUUCCGGCUUCUAUGUGGCUCAAGGCAUUAGUACUGCCAAAUGUUCUGCAUAGAUUGCAUUUUAUGCUACAUGCGGAGAAUCUAAGGAUCACAAUUGAUAAAUAUUUGGGUGUUAAGAGUACGAACAAGCUCGAUGCACUCAGAAUUGAUCCGAAUAAAUUCAAAGUGCCUGAAGAAAUUGAACCGAAGAGUUCAAUCUUUGGUCCGCAUGAUAAUGAAGUGAUAAAAGUUGAGGAGAAGACUGUUGAGACAAUUGGUGAUAUUCUGGAUUCGUUGUUUGAAGAACAUGUUCCUCCAGUUGAUAUUCAUCGACACUGGGAUACAAUUUAUCCAAUUGAUAUGGAGUACUAUUACAAAUUCAUCUGUCUUUCGGAUGAUUUUGAGAAGAAAAUGGUGAGAGAUCAGGUAAAUGGUAUGGAAAUUGAAGGAGACUAUUCGGCAGCCGUGCCUGCCAUUUGUGCUCCAACAUUUGAAUCUUCCUUCAAUAUCGAAACCAUCAGAACGGAUUUGAUUAAUCCGAAUGUAGAGGGACCGCAACAAAGGGAUGUUCUAUGUUCAAUUACAACUGCAUCAUCACAUGAUGUCUUCGAUAUGGAGAGAUAUGAGGUACUGGGAGAUGCUUUUCUCAAGUUUACUACCAGUCUAUAUCUGCUUCAGAAACAUGCCACAUGGCAUGAGGGCUUUCUAACUUCCUGCAAAGGACAAUUUGUUGGGAAUCGCAAUCUUUUCUACUGUGGAUCAGAUAUUGGUAUUCCUGGCAUCAUCAACGUUUCGCCAUUCUGUGUGAGUGACUUUAUUGUUCCACACAUGGGAGUACCACUAGAAGUGACUCAAAUUGUUAAGGAACUUGACCUUGUGCCCAACACCAUCAUGCGAUUGCAGUGUUCGGAUUGGGAAGUGAUCAAUGGACGGUUAGAUUUGGCGAAUAACCGGGAAUUGUUGGAACAUUUUACCAAGGAGGAAAAGGCAGCAAAGGGCAAUGUCUAUCCUAUGUAUAUUCACCUUGGUAAACAUCAUGUGAGUGACAAAACGGUGUCGGAUACCAUUGAAGCCAUUUUGGGUGUUUGGGUUGAAGCUGUUGGCAUCAGAAAGUCCUUCAAGCUGCUGAAUUUCUUCAAUAUUCUUCCCAAUGAUGUGGAUAUGGAGAAUUUGAUUACUAAUCAGAAAGUGGAACCAAGGAUUUCGCCUAAUGUCACAAGUGCCGACAUUGAUUCUCUUCUUAUUCGUUACACCGAGAUACAACGUAAACUCAACUAUCAGUUCAAGGAUCGAGCCUAUCUCCUUCAAGCACUUACGCAUCCAUCCUAUCCCACAAAUCGUGUUACAGGGUGCUAUCAGAAAUUAGAAUUUCUAGGGGAUGCUGUACUGGAUAUAAUCAUCACAUUGUAUAUCUUUGAACACUGCAAAGAUAUGGAUCCCGGAAAGAUGACUGAUUUGAGAUCGGCUCUAGUCAAUAACAUCACAUUAGCUUGCAUCUGUGUACGCAAUAACUUCCAUAUGCAUUUGUUGACGCAAAAUGCAGGACUCACAGAGACAAUCAUGAAUUUUGCUAGAUAUCAACAACAGAACCGUCAUGAAAUCACGGAUCACGUACUUUUGCUACAUGAGGAAGAUGCAGAAAUCUUGGCUGAUUCUGUUGAUGUCCCAAAGAUUCUGGGUGACACAAUGGAAGCUCUCUUGGGAGCGAUCUUUUUAGAUUCGGGCAAUGAUUUGAACACCGUCUGGCGAGUUAUUGUGCAUCUCAUGGGCAAAGAGAUCCUUGAGUUCACCAAUAAUGUUCCCAUCAAUGCGGUGCGUCAGCUUUUUGAGUGGCCUGGUGCCAAUCCAACAUUCAGCGCACCUGCACUGAGUCCCGAAAGGGACACGACUGAAGUGACUGUGAGAUUUGUGUGCAGGAAUAAAUUCAUGGAGACUCAUGGUUUCGGCACCAACAAAUCGAAUGCUAAGAAAGCAGCAGCAAAAGCUGCUUUGCAAUACCUACGGAAGAAUCGUUAAAUACUUGUUUCUAAUUUAAAAAUGUUUUGUAGAAUUGUAUUUUUUUGUAUUGUAUUGUUGAUGCGCAUUUAUAAAUAUUCUUCAAUAAUUACAAAAUCAUUAUUAUUUGUAUUGCUACUGCCGUUUUAAUUUUGUGGCCAGUCGACAGAUUAAAAUGAUGAAAAUCGAAAAUAAAAUCCAUGAAAAGUA